AUGCCUGAAGAUACAUCGUCAUCAUAUCGCGGCAUCGACAUGAACUUGUCACCCAAAUUCAUGGCGCCAUGUCAAGGUUAUUCGAUCAUGGCAACUGAUGGAAUCUCAAACAAAGAACCAUCAGUAUAUGGCCAAUCUCAUCCGGCAACGUCCGAUGAAGGGAUGGAAAUCGCUGAAGAAUUUCAAAAUGAUAGUACUGAAACCUGGCAAGUUAAGUCACAGAUCUUUUGUAAGUUCCAGUCUGAUUGUCGAAUAGGGAACCAAGCGUCAUACGAGGAUCUUCGAUUAAAACGAUCACAAGCCCUAUCUUUGCAACUGAAACACAUAUAUUAUUGA